GAUAUCCAUGGGGAGAUGAACCAGAUCGACAGGCAGCUGGAUGAACUGGAGCUGAGAGGGGUGGAGCUGGAGCAGAAGCUGAGGAACUCUCCGAACGAUGAGGAGGAGGAGCGCAUGCUGGUGGACUGGUUCAAGCUGAUCCACGAGAAGCACCAGCUGGUCAGGAGAGAGGCCGAGCUGGUCUACACGGCCAAGCAGCAGGCGCUGGAGGAGAGGCAGGCGGACGUGGAGUACGAGCUCCGCUGUCUGCUGAACAAGCCAGGUGACUGCAGCAGGGCGCAGAGACGGGGUGCAGGGUGUGUCUGUGGGGGUGUGGCAGAGACGGGGCGCAGGGUGUCUGUGGGGAGGACCCCGCCUGGCCCAGCCUAG